AUGUGGACAUUGAAAAAAGAUGAGAAGCAGUAUCAGGAAUUGGCAGCUAUAUUAAGUACAGUGGAAGGCCUCCUCAUUUUUAUAGCUGUUAGUGAAUCAAUACUCGGGGGUUUAGGGAAUGGAUUUAUUGGACUUGUAAACUGCAUUGACUAUGUGAAGAACAAGAAGGUCUCUAUGAUUGGCUUUAUCUUCACUGGCUUAGCUACUUCCAGAAUUUGUCUGAUAUGGAUAAUAAUUAUGGAUGCAAUUAUAAAGAUACUCUCUCGAUUGUAUUCAUUUGGUAAUCUAAUUGAAUAUAUUAGUUACUUAUGGGUGAUUAUCAAUCAGUCAAGUGUCUGGUUUGCCCCUAGCCUCAGCAUCUUCUAUUUCCUGAAGAUAGCAAAUUUUUCCCACCACAUUUUUCUCUGGUUGAAAGAUAGAAUAUUAGGGUUCUUCCCCCUUCUCAUGGGAUCCUUGUUUAUUUCAUGGUUACUGACUUUUCCACAAAUCGUGAAGAUUAUGAUUGACUAUAGAAUGAAGAAUAGAAACACAACGUGGCAGCUGACCAUGCAUAAAAGUGAAUUCUUUACUAACCAGCUUUUGCUUAAUCUAGGAGUCAUUUUCCUCUUUACACUGUCCUUGAUUCCAUGUUUCUUGUUAAACAUUUCCCUUUGGAGACAGAGCAGGCAGAUGCAACUGAAGGCCACAGGAUUCAGAAACUCCUGCACAGAAGCAUGUAUGAAAGCAAUCCAAGUUUUGAUAUCUUUUAUCACCCUCUUUACCUUCCAUUUUAUAGGCAUUGCCAUAGAAAUACCAUGUUUUACUGUACCAGACAGAAAACUGCUGUUUAUUUUUGUCGUGACAACCACAGCCGUCUAUCCCUAGGACCACUCAUUUAUCCUAAUUCUCGGCAGCAGCAGGCUACAGCACGCCUCUUUGAGGAUAUUGCAGCAAUUCAAGUGCUGUGACAAAGGGAUGCCGCUCAGAGCUCCACAGACAUGUGUGUGUCAAAAUGGGUGUUGUCUGGGAAUAAUCUAG